ACUGCCCUGAUGAUGAACAGAAAGGAAACCAGCGAGCCCUGCCCCUCCCGGAAGCCCUUUAAAAACAGAGGCCGUCAAGCUCCCUCCUGGCAGUCUUGGCCGGGCUGGGGACCGGGGCCAGCCCCUGCACGACCCCAGCUUUUCUCUCGCUGUUUGCCGGAGCCGGCGGGGCGCGGAGCGGCUGCUGGCCCCGGCUCUGUGGACUCGCACCGAUGGCCAGCAGGUACGUAGCGAGCUAGGACGCGGCGGCUCCAUGGCGCCUCCUCCACCCUGCAUCACUCUUUAAAAACUUCCCUGGGGUCACCUUGCUCUACGCCACCACCGCUGACAAUGCCCACGGCGAACGGCCCCGUGGUGCUGCUGGGCACCCUCCAGCGGCACGUGGAGCUGCUCCUGGUGUGCUCCAAGUGCAGCGUGAAGGAGAACGAGAUCACCUACCAUCUGCGGCAGGUGGAGCACAAGUGCAUGUACGAGAUCCUCCUGGCCCGCUGCCGAAACCGGCGCACCACAGCCUGGAGGAAGGUGUCGAGGCGGCCGGGCUUCCCCAACCCAGCCCGCUACGCCGUCUGCAGGUACUACACGGUGGGCUUGGGCUGCAGCAAGCACGGGAACCAGUGCACGUUCGCCUGGAGCCCGGAGGAGGCCAUGGUGUGGAACUUCGAGAGGGAGCAGCAGCUGGAGCGGCGGCAGCUGAAGGCGGCGGUGCUGAAGGCGCAGCUGGGGGGCUGCUCUGCCGCUCACCCCCCCGCCACGGCCACAGCCGCCGGCGAGAUCCUGAGCGAGUUUGGGGGGCAGUUCCAGGAGAUCUGCAAGCUCUGCUUCUUCGGCUGCCCGCAGCGCAUCUCGGCGGGCGGCCAGGCGCGGCUCUGCGAGUCCCACCACGGCUGGGACCCGCUGCUGGUGCACGUGGUGUCCGACAGCCGGCUGAAGAAGCAGUACAUCGCCAUCCGCCCCUGCCCCGAGUUCAUGCCGACCCUCAGCUACUGCCGCUUCGUCUCCAAGGGGCAGCCCUGCCGGCACAGCAUCCAGCGGUGCCAGUACGCGCACAGCGACGUGGAGAUGGCCGUCUGGCAGGCCGAGAGGGAGCAGGGCCUGCUUCGCUCCGACCUGCUGCCGGCGGCGGGGCUGUGCGCCGAGAACGGCAAGCCGGCGGCGCCCGCGCCGGUGCACUUCUACUGCCGGGUCUGCCUGGUGACCUUCAGCUCGCAGGAGAGCUUCGAGAACCACUGCUCCUCCGUCGAGCACGUGCAGAUGCUCUCGGUCGACACCUCCGUCCAGUGGGUCCACCGCGCGCCGCCGCUCGGGCUGAGCUCCUUCACGCUGUGCAGCAGAGCGGAGGUGUGCGAAAUGGGGAGCAGCUGCACCAAGGCGCACUCCACCGAGGAGCUGCAGGAGUGGAUCCAGAGGGUGAAGGUUGCCGUCAAGAAAAAGAAGCAGGCCAUGAAGGAAGGGCUUUUGUCCUACCAGGACCGGCUCAUUGCUGAGUAUCAGAUGUGCUCCAACGAGGUGUUGAUUAUGUCUGAGUAUGUCGAGGGUGUUGCGGUUGUGUGUCAGGAGCCCCUGCACGUGCACUCGGAGGACAAGCGGUUGAAAUACCAGUGGAAGUUCAAGGUCCACUCCCAGAUGCCCCUGCAGCACGUGGCACUGCUGAAGCGGGAUCCAGGGGCCACCUUCUACCUCUCGGGGAACGGGCUGUCACGGGGCCUCCACUACCUCCGCGGGGAGCACGUGGCCACGCUGCCCAGCUCGCCGCCCGUGGCGCUGGUGGAGGUCUCCAUGGAGUGCUGCACGCUGGGCGUCUUCGAGCAGUGGGUGGUGUUCGACUUCGGCAGCCGCCCCGUCCUCCUGCGGAAGAUCAAGGUGAAGGUGGGCCGGCGGGAUGCCCCCCAGCACGUCCCCGCCACCAGCAGCAGGGAGGACGGCCGCGCCGCCAACUUCGUGCGGUGGGACCGAGGCAACCGGAUCAUCGUUCGCAGCAUGCCGAGGACCAGUGAGGACGUGGAUCUGCUGGCCAAAUACAAGCCUGCGGCGCUCUCGCUGGACUACCGGCGCGAGGGCGGUGUGAACGCUGCCGUCACCCGGCUCAACUACCGCGAGAGGAUGCACAGCUUCCUCUUCUGCGAGGAAGAAGCCGAACAGGCUCUGAUUGCCAAACUCAACCUGCGGGUCCUCAUUACGCUGAGCAACAUGAUCGAAAGCCUCUCCAUGGGGAUGAAGUUUGCCCCGCCUGGUGAGCUGUUUGCUAAAGUGCCUACCCCGUAUAACCUCUCGCCGGACACAGAUGAGGGGUAUCUGCUGAACAGGUCCGUGCCCACCGCUUUCCUGGCACUUGACCCACCUAUAGACAAUCGGGUUUACGAGGUUGGCGUGGAGAAUAAAGCCACCACAGAGAACACUAUCUGGCUACAGAUACCAAACAGAUGCUGCUCAGAGCUGAACUUGAUGCCCCAAACCUCCCUCAACGUGGAGAUCCAGUUCCAAAUUGACCAGCUGCUGUUCCGGCAGUGGCACCAGGCUGUCGACCGCCUGUUGGAUGAGAGGCUGGUCCUACCUGAUGUGGCCAGUUGCACUAUCCCCUACUGCCUCAGACAACCACAGGAAGGGAACAGCAAACAGAAACUGGCCAUCUCCUUCAUCACCGGCCAGGUAACCAGCAGACGGCAGGUCCCACCUCUUCUCAUCUACGGGCCUUUCGGCACGGGGAAGACGUUCACGUUGGCCAUGGCCACCCUGGAGAUCAUCAGGCAGCCCAACGCGCGGGUGCUGAUCUGCACCCACACCAACAGCGCUGCUGACAUCUACAUCCGGGAGUAUUUCCACAACUACGUGACCAACGGGCAUCCGUGGGCUGUUCCCUUGAGGAUUAUAUCCGCUGACCGUCCCGUCAGCCUGACCGACCCCAUCACGCAGAUGUACUGCUGCCUCUCUGAAGACCAGCGCUCCUUUCGGCACCCCACACAGGCAGAGAUCAACAGGCACCACAUAAUUAUUACCACCUCCAUGUUAUCCAAGAACCUGAAGGUCGCCCCGGGUUACUUCACCCACAUCAUGAUCGACGAGGCCGCUCAGAUGCUGGAGUGUGAAGCUUUGAUUCCACUCUCGUAUGCCACUCUCGAGACCCGGAUCGUCCUCGCUGGGGACCACAUGCAGAUAACCCCAAAGCUGUUCUGUGUUGGGGAGGGGCAGUCCGCGGAUCACACCCUGUUGAACCGACUCUUUCAGUUUUACCAGAAAGAGAAGCAUGAAGUGGCCAUGAAGAGCAGGAUCAUCUUCAAUGAGAAUUAUCGUUCUACUGCAGGCAUAAUUGAGUUCGUCUCCAAGCACUUCUACGUCGGCAAAGGCAAUGCUAUCCACGCCAGUGGGAACAUCCCCCCCCACCCCGAAAUCUACCCGCUCAUGUUCUGCCAUGUGCCUGGUGUGGCCGAGAGGGAUAUGUCCUUGAUUUCGUGGCACAAUGCCUCUGAGAUAAUACAGGUGAUUGAGAAAGUGGAGGAGAUUUAUCAGAGGUGGCCAGACAAGUGGGGUGUCCGAGAUCUGAAGAGGAUCUGUGUGGUCUCCCACGGCGUACAGGUUUCUGCAAUACGGCAAGAGCUGAGGAAGAAGCAGCUACCAGAAGUGGUGGUGGAAAACUAUGAAAACCUGCCAGGGCGGGAGUUCCGGGUCAUCAUCAUCAGCACCGUCCACACCAGCGAGAGCCUGCGCAUCUCGGCCUCCCACAACCUCGAGUUCUUCAACGAAGCCCGAGUGCUCAACACCAUCAUGACCAGGGCUCAGUCUCAGGUCAUUGCGGUGGGGGAUGCAGUGGCCUUGUGCUCCCACGGCCAGUGCAGCAAGGUGUGGAAGCGCUUCGUCCAGGAGUGCAUCGAGAAGGGGAGCGCCUUCCCGGAGAACCUGACGAUGGCGCAGAUCAAGCAGGCCGCGUGUGACAAGGAGAGCUGGAGAAGGACAAGCCCGCAGCGGAGCGACGAGGACAGCGACACGGACUCCUGGAGCUCUGAGGCCGACAGCCUGAAUCCUGACGAUCCCAUCCUCCAGGAGCUCUUAGAUGAGAGCAAGAACAUGCUGGUGACGGUGUCCGAAGAAGGGCUGCUGAAGCCUGAGACUUCAAACCGGUGGGAAGACAGGCAGGAGUAUGUCAGCUUCUCCUCCCAGGUGAUGCAGGAAUAUCUGCGUAUGCACCCCAAAAUGUACAAGAGGUGCGAGCUGGUCAAAGAAAGGUUUGACAGGGCUUCUGCCAUCACCCUCAAUGACUCUCCUGCCAUGACCAUUCAGAUCAAAGGCAGGGUUCACUGCGGGACAGCCUUCACUGGCGACGAAGUGCUCGUGGAAAUCCUGAAGAACAGCAUGGAUGACAGCAGCGGCCUCCGCCCGCAGGGAAAGGUGGUGGGCAUCCUGAAGCGUGCGGAGAGAGAACGGACCUUCAUCUGCAUGAUGGACGAGUUUGACCCCCGGGUGAUGAUACCCAUCGAUCCCACUGUCACCAAAAUAUUUGUCCCAGGCCUGAAAGAGAAACCCAACGUCAUUCCCAUCCGCAGGCUUGUGAAUGGGAAGUACAGGGUGGUCAGCUGCGAGAAGAUCAGCCAGGACACAAGGAGAUGCCAAAUCUUCUGUGUCCAGAUUAUCUCCUGGCGGGACGGUUUUUACUACCCUUUGGGGAUAAUAACUGAGAUUUUGCGUGUGGCCAUGACUUUGGAAGAAAGCUUAAAGAUCCUCAACUUGGAGUAUGCCUUAGAGAGGAAAUACCCAGCUGCUGUUACCAGGGAGCUUGCCAAAUACACCUCCAGCAAACCAAACCUCACCAAGGAGAAUCUGAGGGACUGUCGGAGUUACCUCACCUUCACUGUUGACCCUGAAGGUGCUAGGGAUUUGGACGAUGCUGUCAGCGUCAGGGAUCUCGGACGUCGCUACGAGAUUGGGAUCCACAUCACGGAUGUAGCUGGCAUCAUUCCCAAAGGCAGCGCCUUGGACCUGGAAGCAAAGAAGCGUGGUGUCAGCUACUACCCCCCUGACCAGGAGCCCGUGUGCAUGUUCCCACCCCACAUUAGUGAAGACAUCUGCAGCCUCCUGCCACAAAAAGAGCGCCGUGCGAUCUCCUUGUUUGUCACCAUAGAAAAGGAGACUGACAUGGUGAUAAAGGGAAUCUUCACCCUCUCUGUGAUCCAGUCAGACAGGCAGCUGUCCUACAACGAGGCAGAACUCUGCAUUCAGAACCACUACAAGGGAGGCGGGGAUGCCCUCUGUUUCGAUACCCUGGAGGACUGCAUAGCUGUGGCUUAUCACUUCUCCAGGAUCCACCGAAAGUUUCGGCUGCAGGAGGAUUGCUUCUAUGACCAGCUGGAUGAGGAAAGCUCCCCAGGUAACAGGGGGUCCCAUCAGAUGAUAGAGGAGUUCAUGAUCAUGUUCAAUAGCUUCGUGGCUGAGUUCCUCACCAACCAGGAGAACACCAGAAAUGUCACUCCUCUCCGGUGUCAGAGUGAGCCAAGCCCUCAGCAGCUUUUAGUCAUGAAAGACAAGUACAGCCAUAUCAUCCCUUUGUCCCUCCAUCUCUCACACCACCUGGGAGAUGUGUCUCCUAGUGAAGAGUCCCCUAAAAAUGUGGAGUUCAGCCUCCUGCCCCCUAUCUGGGAGCAUUUACAGUCAGCUGCACAUCUCUGUGAUCUCCAUAAGAUGCUAGACCUUAUCGUUACUGAUGACAUCCACCCGAAGCUGGCCCCUGUGGUCCUGGAGUUCAGGAGACUGCUCAGCCGCUCCUAUUUCAGUCGCUCCAACUCCACUGUCCUGUCGAAAGUGGGCCACUACUCCCUGCACGUUGACUCGUACACCUGGGCUUCCUCUCCCAUCCGCCGGUACAUGGAUGUCGUGGUCCAGCGGCACCUUCAUUCUGUGCUCCGCAAGAAGCCCGUCACCUAUUCUUCCGAUGACAUCGAGUUUCUCUGUCACGACUUCAACAAGAAGAACUCCAAGGCGGUGAUCUACAAGAAGAGAGCCUGCUCCAUGCAGAUGGCCACCCAGCUGAAGAGCCAAGUCCUGCAGAAGAUCGCCUUCGUGGUGGAUAUCGAAGGGAUGGACAGGUACUUUAAAGCCCUGUUUCCACUGAAUAGAGAGAGUCUUCCAGAUCCGCAGGUAAUUCACUACAGGGCCCUGCAGCUGAUAGAGCAGCCCAUGUUCAUCCAGAAGCAGAAGAGCGUUAGGCUGACGUGGAAGAGGAGGAUGUAUUCCGUGGAGACAAUGAAGGAACACAGACUGCAGGCAGGUGCUCUCCACGACCACAGCAUCACCCUCUUCAAGACCCAGAUGUGGCAGGAAAUGCUCACGGCCAUCAGAAGUGAGAAUUUUGAGGAGCUGGCCGCUCUUCUGCAGAAGAGCAAGGAGCUCUACAAGCGGCAGGUGGGCCGGGUAAGGAAGAGCGAGUGCUUGCACUAUGCGGAGAUCACCCUGGAGCUGAGCGCAGGCGACUCGCUGCAGUUCCAGCUCACCACGGACGUCUCCCGGGGCUUCCUGGUGCCCUUCGUGCAGCUGUGGUGCGUGACGCCGGGUUUCGAUGUCUGUCUGCAGCACACAGAAAAGCCUAUCGACUGCUUCUCUGCGUACGCCACCCUGCCGUCCAAGGACAAGUACAAGCACGCGGCGGAGUAUAGGAAGGUGUGGAUGCCGAUGAGUGCCAUGGAGUCUGCUUCAUGUGCAGUGGCUGAGAAUGACUCUAUCGUCCUCCACGAUGUCAAAAUCACCUGGGCAAAGCAAAGGACGAGCAAAGGGCAGCUGCAAGGGACUUUCCACCUAAAGAAAAGCUUUUUGGAGGAGUGCUCCAUUGAGGUGGACUUUAACCACUGUUACCUGUGCAUUCGCCUAAGUGGGCUGAAGGUUAGGAGCCUUGAAAGCAAUGAGGAAUGCCUUAGCCAUGGCCUCCAGAACCUGUCCUUGAAUAACAAGGACAAAUCAGAAAACAAACUUGCGGUCAAUCCAGACACAUACACCUGGGUGGCUCAUGGGAUCACCGAGGAGUUCAGCGACGACCAGAAGUCAGACAGGAGCAGUCAGCAGACCUUGAAUUUUUACAUCAACUAUAUGUCUAUGGAGAACAUCCCCGCAGAAAUCUCACAGGCUUCUGCCAGCUUCACGGUGGAGCUCAUACCCAAGAUGCUGCCAGACGUACGGAAAGAAAAUGCAAUUUGGAGGCUCCAGCAUGCCUCCGAACUUGCUAAAAGCAUCGCUCUAGGCCACGAACCUCCAAAAAAAGCAGUGACAAAGUCCAAGCUCCUGCAGCAAAAAUCCUUUGAUCUCCCCGGCAGCCAAAGGAAGCUCAACGAGAGUCAGAGACAGGCUAUUCUAAAUGCUUUAAAAAAAUCCUUCACGCUCAUCCAAGGCCCACCAGGUACAGGGAAAACUGUUGUUGGAACUCACAUUGUCUACUGGUUGCAUAAGCUGAAUGAGGAGACCAGCAGGAAUGAGCAAUUGCCUUCCUCUGAUGAAGACAAGCCUGAAAAGAGAAAGUGCAUCUUGUACUGUGGCCCGUCCAACAAGUCCGUUGAUGUUGUUGCUGAGAUGCUGCUGAAGAUGAAGGACCUGAAACCACUGAGAGUUUAUGGGGAGGCCAUAGAGACACUGGAAUACCCGUACCCAGGGAGCAACCGGCACCUCUCCCGCAAAGCCUUGCGGGACGCAAAACCAAAGCCUGAGCUCAGCAAGAUAAUCCUGCAUCAUCGAAUCCGACGGCCACCCAACCCUUUCUGGCAGGUUAUCUGUAACUUUGACACUCGAGUGAAGGCAGGAGAGGAGAUAACAGAAGCCGAAAUAAAGAAGUACAAAUUCAGCUUGUCAGAAGCUCGUACAUACGAACUGAAGCGCCACGAUGUCAUCCUGUGCACGUGCUCCGCUGCGUCUGCCAACUCCCUGGAGGACCUCAAUGUCAAGCAGAUACUCAUCGACGAGUGUGCCAUGUCCACAGAGCCUGAGACCCUCAUCCCCUUGGUCAGCCACCCGCAUGCCGAGAAGGUUGUUUUGCUUGGGGAUCACAAACAGCUGCGGCCUGUGGUCAACAACGACUUCUGCAAGUCUCUUGGCAUGGAGACAUCGCUUUUUGAGCGCUACCAGAAGCAGGCGUGGAUGCUGGAUACGCAGUACCGCAUGCACAAAAACAUCUGUGAGUUCCCAUCCCAGGAGUUUUAUGAACAUCGGCUGAAAACGUGCCCCCAGCUUCAACACAAACACAGUGUUUUCCACCACAAAGACAACCGCUGCUGCCCGAUCAUCUUCGGGCACAUAGAGGGGAAGGAGCAGAGCCUCAUGAUUUCUACUGAGGAAGGAAACGAGAACUCCAAAGCUAACCCAGAAGAAGUGGAGCAGGCGGUGAGGACGGCGAAGCAGCUGACACUAGAUGGCACCAUCCUGCCGGAGAGCAUCGCCAUCCUGAGCCCCUACAACGCCCAGGUGUCCGAGAUCAACAAGCGCCUCCUGAAAGAGGGCAUCCACGGCGUGACCGUCUGCACCAUCAUGAAGAGUCAAGGAAGCGAAUGGAAGUACGUGAUCCUGUCGACUGUACGCUCCUGCCCUCGAUCUGAGAUUGACAGGAAGCCCACAAAGAGCUGGCAGAAGAAGUACCUGGGGUUUGUUACCGAUCCAAACCAGGUCAAUGUCGGCAUCACCCGAGCUCAGGAAGGACUCUGCAUUUUAGGGAACCGGUACCUCUUGGAGUGCAACCCUUUGUGGAGGAGACUGCUUCAGCAUUACAUGAAGCAUAACUGCUAUACCACAGCCCAGGAGAUUCUUGUCAGGAAGAUUUCAGCCUUUCGCCGAUGAAGGCUCGUCCGUCUCCACCAAAACUGUGCUACGUGUGCCUUGGGAAGGACGCAAAUCUUUCCAUUAUUUGAACAUGAACCAUUGAGCCAAAUGCACUGGGAGAGCCAGCAUCUUUCCCUGCACAUUGACAGCUCAGCCUCAGUAUGAGCUUCGGCGUCUUUCUUUUUAUAUUACUGCAACGUUGGACAGGAAAUUUUCAGCUCUAGCAAACCAAAAAGCACUUGGAAGUGGGUAGGUGGGCGUGUGACUAUAUUGAUAUUUUUUUAAAUGAAAGAUGCUCAGUGGAGCCGCCAUCCUAUCUGUCAGUGCAGCUGUGCUUUGGGGACCAAAUACACGGCCCAUUCAUUGCAGGUGGAAUAACUGCACGUGGCAGAUCCGCACAGCAAACUGUGAUUUGCCAUAUGGGACCAAAGCUUCUGAGUAGUACCACUCAUUGUAAAAUGAAGGCCAGGGAAUUUUUAAAGCUUUUUUUUUUCUUCUUCUUCAAAACAGAAAAACAGUAUUUUGUUGUUGUUGUUUUUUGUUUGUUUUUAAGCAAAGAAAGAAAGCAAAAAGAGAACCAUGUACCAUGCUGUCUAGCCAAAAUGCUGUUCUCUGAGCUUGUAAAUACCACGGAGCCAAGGCCAAGCUGAUUUUGUAAAUAGAUUUUACUUAUUCUUUGUACAAAGGAGGUUGUCCUUACCUGUAUAAAGUUAAUGAAAACCAAGGACUGCUCCUACCAGGAAAUGUUGGAAUUUUUAAACGUAUUUUAAACCAUUCUGAGUUUUAUUUGAAAUCCCCUUCUGUAAAAGCCUCCCCCCCCUUUCCUACCCUAUAUUUUUUAAAGCUGCUUCUAAUUUAUUAACUUUUAAAUCUGUGAAUUUGUUUCACAGUCUAUGGCCUGAGUUUUUAAGAGCAGUGAUGGAAACUUGGUAACUGUAUCACAACCUAUAUGUGUAUGAUGUAUUAUUUUUUUUAUUUUAAGUAGCCAAACUGCUGUGAACUGGAAGUUGUCAUUUUCCUAGAGGAGGUUGAUUUUGCACAGUAACUUAUGGCCGAUACGGAUAUGUAGUGGUGAAGUGGUGCUCUCUACUGAAUCAUGGAGCUGCUUUUGAAGCACGGUAGUUUUGAAGGAGAAUGUCAUUACUUCAUUUCAGUUCUGAAUGUAUGAAGUGCCUGCCUCAGCUGUCCCCGAGACCACAUGCUUGGUUGUCUCUGGAUGUUCACGUGGGAUGGAGCCAAGAUGCAAUCACAGCGUUUUUGCACCACGUAUAUAUUGUGCUGGGACUCAAGUUGUCCUGGUAUAUGUGAAGGGUCCCCACGACUUCACAGCACAAUGGCAGGGAUGAAUUUUGUCCUGUGAUUGCAACUGAAAGCGCUAUGUGGCUCUUCCCAGCGUGAAGGGAUGUGCAAUAAGCAAGCUUUGUGUCUGGCAGUCCUUACUGUGUUACUUCUCAUGCUCUGACUCUGUUAGACUUGACUCGAGAACUUCUGGAGCAAUUCCGUUCCUCUCUUCCUUGUUUUAAACUACCUUCCUGCACUUCCCCCUUCGAUGGGUUUGAUCUGUACAUUAGAGACCACCCAGGCUUGCUGUUGUAUUCCUGAAGCAUAAUAACUGACCUAUGGCUGCCAAUUCUGGGGCAAAAGUCUUUAGGAAGUAACUCCUGCUGGUUCUAAAGACGCUUGAUAAAAGUUGGUAAGAUGUGAAGUUCCCUUCCUCAAAGUCAUUCCACCCCGGAUCUUAAUGAUUCCACGCCAGCCUGAUUUUGCAAAUAUUGCAAUUCCAAAAUAAGCUUGUAUAGCAACAACUUUGUCAGCUGCUGAAAUGCAAUCAUCUAUCUCAAAGAUGAUUUGGAGAACUGCAAAAGAUGCUGGAACUGUUUGGUGCCGGCAUCAUUCCAACAGAUUCAUCUUGGUUGCUUUAGAACCAGCGGGCCUUGUUUUUGUUAUCUGAUGUAACUGAAGAGUCUCUCCCCUGUUAUUUCUGCUGGUUAUUUCAUUACAUCUAACACAAAUGAGGAGACUCUCCAAGCGCAGUGGCUUAGCCCAGUGCUCUUGUGUGGGGUUUGGCCAUGCAUCUGUAUAGACCAAGAAAAUGACCCACACAGCACUUCCCUUUACUCUCACCAGGAG